GGCUGUUCACCGCCCUCAGAGUAUCCGACUGUGAUAGCUCCUCCUCAUCAUGCUGGUGGCUGCAGUGUUGACAUCAAAAGCGUCGUUGUGAGUUGCCAGCUGAAACUCUGAUUCGGAUCAGGAUCCACCAUGAAUCAAGGAGACUCGACAUUUGCAAUGAGACAAUAUUGCAGUGCGGCAGGUAACGAUCGGUUGAGGCUCUGCGACUGGUACUGUUCCUGCAGGACUGGAAUUUCGCCACCCGGCUGCGUCAGUAUCGUGCUUUAUCUGGCUCCAUCUCGGUACCCACAGAACGGCUCUUCCGACGUUCAACAUGAGGGAAAUGGCGUCGACGUGCAUUUUAUUCACGUGCUGCAUCCAAUAAUGAUUCGAAGCGUUUCUUUCGAUCGGAGAAAAUCACAAACUGGGAUUGGUGAUGUCCAAGUCCUGACGAUCUAUCCAGACCCUUCUAUCGUGCUAAUACGAUCCACCACUUCCCUGGUGGAUACCGGGCCCGAUACAAGCGUUGACGCCUCUUGCGUAUAUCUCGUUGUCGUGCUUUGAUGCAUUUGAACUGUUUUCUUCUCUAUAACAUUGACUCCCAAGACAACGCAACUCACACAUUGAACACCAGCUCAGACAAGCAAGACACUUUAUUUUAUAUCCAAAAUGGCUCCGAUCGCAAUUGCUCCGCCACCGUCCGAGCCUAAACAGAUGCCGCUGGAACAGACGACAAAGGGUAUCCGGCGAGCAAACAGUGCCAACAUGGGCACGAAACGGAAAAUCGUCAUCUUUUCAGACUUCGAUGGCACCAUCUUCCACCAAGACACCGGCCACACGCUAUUCGACAACUUCGGAUGCGGCCCAGAACGAAGAGCAGAACUUGCAAAGCAGAUGGAGAGCGGGGAACGGACGUUCCGAGAAGUCUCAGACGAGUUGUAUUCCUCACUCAAUGUGCCGCUCGAGAACGGAUUCGAGGUGAUGAAGAGUGCGCUACAAAUCGAUCCUGAUUUUCGGACAUUCCAUGAAUUCUGCGUCAACAAUCACAUUCCUUUCUACGUCAUCUCUGCCGGUCUUCAGCCUGUCCUACGGAAAGUCCUCGAUCAUUUCAUUGGAGAGGACAUGAGCAAGCACAUUGACAUUGUUGCCAACGAUGUCAAGAUUGCCGAUGAUGGUAGCAAGUGGGAAGCGGUUUGGAGACACGACAACGAGUUGGGUCAUGACAAGGCACAAACCAUCAACGAGUUUCGAGAGAUGCAGAGUGAAAACGGCACCAUCCCGUUGAUCGUUUUUAUCGGUGAUGGACUUUCAGAUCUGCCCGCUGCUCGUGAAGCCGACGUGCUCUUCGCUCGGCGGGGGUUGAAAUUGGAAGAAUAUUGCAAGGAACAUGGACUCCCCUAUAUCCCGUUUGACACCUUCGCCGACAUCCAGAGAGAACUCAUCAAGAUCGCCAAAGUCGACGAGGAACAGACCCACGGCAAGGGUCUGCCCGCACACUUUAACCCUCUUGCCAACAAGUGGAGGCGGCUUAGCAACAAAGCACGAAAGCCUAAUAUUGCUGCGGCGUUCAGCCCGUCAAAGGAGGAUGUGGUGCUUGAGUGGCCCGAAGAUGCUGAGAACUCGACAGCAAUUGAAGAUGCCGAAGAAGGAAAUACUGUUUUCGCAGCUCCGAUGGCGUGAGAACAGAGUUGGUCCGACUUGCUGUCUUGUUACGUUGAGCUACUAUUAUGGCGAAGCUAUGGCACGGUUUGGGCGGUACAUUGGAGUUAUGCGGACACGGUUGAGGUUAAGGCGUUGACACUGGAACAUUCACUUCAAGUUUGGAAAGGAAGACAUUUGAUGACUUGUGAUACGAACACAGUCCACGGUGCCGGCUAGAUAGAUUGAUACUUCUACUGCCAUGAGUGGCAGACAGUGAAAGUGAAUGCAAAUUCACUGUAUUGAUAUCAUUCCUAAACGGGCAUAGUGCCUGAUCUCCAUCGAAUCAGAUGCCGCACCUUUCCCAUA